AUUGCGCUUCUUAGAGUGUGUCAUCCACAAACUCACAAAACAUAACCAAUAGCUUAUUAGUGAGUUUGUGUUUGUGUUUGUGUGUGUGGUAAGGUUAACUAGAAGAUGGAGGAUCAAAAUGCAUCAUCUAAUGGAAUGGGGAAGACGUUCCGCAAGAUUAAGCCCUACCUUGCUAUGGUGUCCCUUCAGUUUGGGUACUCCGGAAUGUACAUCAUCACCAUGGUUUCCUUCAAGCAUGGCAUGAGCCAUUGGGUACUCUCCGUGUACCGUCACAUAAUUGCCACUCUCAUCAUGGCACCUUUUGCAUUUGUCCUCGAAAGAAAAAUACGGCCAAAGAUGACUUUCCCUGUGUUCCUGAGGCUAGCAGCUCUCGGUUUCCUUGAGCCCGUGCUUGAUCAAAACUUGUACAACAUGGGAAUGAAGAACACCUCAACAACGUUUGCAUCGGCCUCCAUUAAUGUCCUCCCAGCCAUUACUUUUAUAUUGGCACUCAUUUGCAGGUUAGAGACAGUGAACUUCAAAAAGGUACACAGUGUAGCCAAGGUAGUUGGAACAGCAGUAACAGUCACAGGAGCCAUGGUUAUGACUUUGUACAAAGGCCCUGCCCUUCAGAUCAUAAAGGGACAUGCAGCAAGUCACCAUGACAGUGGCAGCACCACAGAGCCCUCUGAACAAAACUGGGUGCUUGGCACAGUAAUGCUCAUUGCAAGUUGCGGUGGUUGGGCUAGCUUCUUCAUCUUGCAAUCCUUCACUUUGAAGAUGUACCCAGCAGAGCUCUCAGUUACAGCUUGGAUUUGCUUUUUGGGCAUUUUUGAGGGUGGAAUUGCUACUCUUAUAUUUGAACGUGACAUGAGUGUGUGGUCCAUAGGCAUGGACUCAAGGCUACUUGCUUGUGUUUAUUCUGGUGUGGUAUGCUCUGGAAUGGCAUACUAUGUACAAGGAGUUGUGACCAGGGAACGUGGACCUGUGUUUGUGACUUCUUUCAGUCCUCUUUGUAUGAUUAUCACUGCUGCAUUGGGAUCCAUUGUCUUGGCUGAGCAAGUUUUUACGGGAAGUAUAAUUGGAGCAGUUAUCAUUGUGACUGGACUUUACACCGUGGUAUGGGGAAAAAGCAAAGACAAACUGAACACAACGGACGUAGCAAAAAGUGAGGGCCAAGAAUUGCCAAUUAAGGAUGAUACAAAGUCAGGAACAGACAAUUUUGACAGCAUUGAGAUCAAUGUUCCUACUGGGGCAGGAAAGAAUGUGCUUCCUUCAGCACGAACAUAGGUCCCCUAGGACUAGCGUAACAGAUUUUCCUACUAAUUAAAAUGAUAUCAAGAGAGAUUUUGUGCUAUGUACAAAUCUUUCACAAUGGCUGCGUUUUCUUAUGUACCUUACUUGCUUUCCCUUUGACCCGUUUUGUGUUGCUGAACCUUGAGUAUGAGUAAAAUAACGCAUUGAUGCUUUUGUCUC